CCAUUUUAGGACUUACAGCUCCUAUUUGGUCUGUAAAGGAUGCCUGAACCUUCCAAGUCUGCUCCAGCUCCUAAGAAGGGCUCCAAGAAAGCCAUCACCAAAGCUCAGAAAAAGGAUGGCAAGAAGCGUAAGCGCAGCCGCAAGGAGAGCUACUCGGUGUACGUGUACAAGGUGCUGAAGCAGGUCCACCCCGACACCGGCAUCUCCUCCAAGGCCAUGGGCAUCAUGAACUCUUUCGUCAACGACAUCUUCGAGCGCAUCGCCGGCGAGGCGUCGCGCCUGGCUCAUUACAACAAGCGCUCGACCAUCACGUCCCGGGAGAUCCAGACGGCCGUGCGCCUGCUGCUGCCCGGGGAGCUGGCCAAGCACGCCGUGUCCGAGGGCACCAAGGCCGUCACCAAGUACACCAGCUCCAAGUGAGCGCGCCCAUCUCCGCUCUUAACCCAAAGGCUCUUUUCAGAGCCACCCACUCUAUCAAAAUAAGAGUUGUAAUUGGUGUCCUUUGCACUUUAAUGUGUUGGCCCCAAAUUUAAUGUGUUUGUACUUUAGUAAAACACAGGUCAUUUAGGGUUUACCUUAGGUGUUACACGUUCACUUUCUACUUAACCAGUUUCUGUUCUAUUGUGCGCUUACUAAGUGCUUGCGUUGUGGGAACGUUUAUAAUGGUAAAAGUUUAGGUUUCUAGUGUGAUCUUAGUACUUAAAAAUUGUACCUAGUUGAGCCCUCCAAUUGAAAACAACUAGUUUCCUAAGUUAAUAUUUUUUCCUUCGUCCAGAAAUCUUGGGCCUUUUAAGGGUUGGGCAUUGAUAGUGGCCGGAACUCUGAGGAGUUUUAUCUGUAACCACUUCGCUUUGCUGAGGACCAUGUUGACAACUCCAAGACUUCCAGAGUAAUCUCUAGAAACUGGUAAAGGAUUCAGCAGUGUCCUGAGCCCUUGGACUAGGGGAGGGAGGAAGACUGGACCAGGCCUGGUGAGGUAAAAGGCUUAUUGAGUAGAAAAAUAAUUUUUUUCCACUGGCUUUGAGAAUAAGACAAAUUUUGGAAAAUAACGGAGGUCUAUCAAGAAACAGGAGGCAAGCUGGAUGGUAGUUGGUGCAAGCCUUAAAGCCCAGCAGUAAGGAGGCAGAGACAAGUGGAUCGCUGAGUUCAAGCCAGCCUGGUCUACAGUGCUACAAAGACCCUACACCCCGCAAAGAAAAGAAAAAAGAAACGGAUGGCAGAAAGCCCAGAGACUGUUCAUUAUCCAAUGUGGCAAAAUGCAUAACCAAGAGGCAAGGAAUACCCUAUUCUGACUUAAUUGCAGGCUGGAAGAUGUAGGUUUCUCAAUUCUGCCUUCAGCAUCUUUCAGCAAAAUUUUGAAUUAAAUUAUGAAAUUGAAAUCAUUAUGUAGCUGAGGUUGACAUGAAACUUGAUCUUCUUUCUUCUACCUUGCAAGUGCUUGGAUUACCUGGGAUUAUAGAAUCGUGACAUUACUCCCUGUACAUACGAUUCUGAGGUCGAUAUCCAGGAUUUGAUGCAUGUUAUGUGAGCAUUCUUUUUCACCCAGUCACAUGUGGAAGCCAUGAUGGUGUUUGGUUUGUUUAUAUUUGCUAGUUUUUUGUCUUAAAUUAUUUAUGUGUGAAUCAGGUUUUAAAUUUUAAAUUUUAAGUUUCUGAAACUUAAAAUUUACUUACUUAAAUAUUCACCACUAUAAAUAGUUUCAAAUAUAGACAUGGUAGGCAAACUGAGACAGCUUUUUAAACCAUAAAAAUACAUUUUGAUACUCCUCUAUGCACUUUAUGGGGAAUAUUGUAGGUGGGAUUUGUCGGUUCUGUGAUAAACAUAGGCUAUCUCCAUCCCAUUACCUAGCUGUGCUCCAAAAGUUGUAUAAAAUCGUUUUCAGUGGGCAACGGUUAACACCAACAUAAUCUUUUUUUUUUUGGGGGGGGGGGGGUUUCG